AUGGCGACCGAAUACUUCUCCGACCAGGAGUCUUCAACUGCCGCACGUUCGCUGUCAACGCCCACCGAAACUCCAUUCAUGACUCCACAGCCGUCGAGGUCACGGCGCUCUUCUCGACACGGGACCCCUUCAUCCUUCGGUGACGCAUCCCAGGCAUCACCGGCGCCGCCAGCUUCCGAUUGCACCUCGGGCGACUCCGCAAAUGAUGAGAACAUCUCUCAGUUGGACCCUCGCCGCUUCACACCAACUCUGCAAGCUAACCUCGUGGCCGAGAUCCUCAACUUACGGCGAGAACUCGACUCCAAGCACCGGGUGAUUGAGGAUCUCGAGACCAACUUGCACUCGACACAAGAGGAGAAUGAGCUUCUCAAUGACAAGCUGUCGACCAGUCUGAGGGAGAGCCGGGUCGCCAAGCGCCAAAUCCAGCAAUUGGAGUCUGGAACGCUUUCCGCUCUCGAAGAGCUGGUCAAGGAACGAGAUCAAAUCAGGUCCGACAAUGAACAUCUGAAAAGCAAACUCGAAGCGUCCCAGAAGAAGGCAAGGAGUGAAGUUGACGCAUCAGAUCGUACACAAGACCUCUGGCAGAAGGACAAAGAGGCCUGGGACAACGACAAGCGAUCUCUGGAACGUCGGCUCCACGUCACUGAGACUCGAUUGAAAGUUGUGCUUGAUGAGCUGGCAACGCAACAGGCAGCAGUCGAGGCUCAAGCUCCGGGAGACUUCGCCGGUGCCAAGGACGCGCCAAAUGGACACGAGAGUGACACAGCCAGCAUCCAAUCCUCACCCAAGAAAGGCCGGCACAGGCGAAACCAGAGCAGCGGUAGCGCAAGAAGUGUGCGAAGCUUCGGCCCUCGUGGGUACCGUGCAUCAAUCCUCACCAUUGGCUCUGAAGCACACGCAAAGCUCUCAAACGGCCUUAGCCUUGCGGACGAGCUUUCUUUUGACGAAGAGGAUGAAGAUUUCGAAGACCUGGAAACCGAUUCUGAAGACUAUACCGAGCACGAGAUUCGCGCUCGCAAGCUGAUGGAGGCCAGAGCAUCUUCCGUUCCUGACGAAAAGGCGCGCAAGAUGCUCGGCAUAAUGAUGGACAAGGACAGGACCACGCCGACACCUAGCGAGCCCGAUAGGGAUAUGUCUUACUGUCUUGACGACACCAUUCCCGAAAUCCACCGCCCGAGGCACCAGCAGUCUUUCGACACUAUUGUCCCGCCACAGUUCGAGCCGAGGAUUGAGCCGGAUGACGUAGUGAAGGUUGAGCGGAGGCGCGUCGAAUACGUCGAUACCGGGGUUCAACCGUCUCCUCCACCGUCUCCCAGAGUAACUGCGCAACAGAUCGUGGCUGCAAGAAGCAGUGGUCAUAUUAUGGCUGCUAUGGAUGUCGAAGCGAACCAGAGGAAGAAGCGUGUCUCUGCACCUCCUUCCGAGGCUAUGAGGGAGAAGGAGCUGGCGACAACUCAACGAAAAUCCGGACUGAUGGUCUCAACAUCGUGUCAGACCCUGAGCCAGCCGUUGAGCCCGCCUGAAACGCCAACGGUCGUGCUUCCGCAGUCCCCGACUGAGUCUGAAGCCUCCGUUAAUGCGCCGCGAAUGGCUUCAACGUCUACGCAGACGGAAUCGCGGGUGGAUCCUCAGCCAGCGUCGGUGCCUGAAGUCAUAGUCGAGCCUCCCCAGUCCCCGCCUCGGACGGAAAUUCCUGCGCCGAUUCCCAUUCCGCAAAUCGCCAUCCACCCCCCAGGAUCUACUCCUGGUUCUCCUAAACAUGCUGUGCUUCCCCCCAAUACCAAGAGCGCUGGUUCCCAGACUACUUCUGAGUUACCCAGCAACAUGCGUGAUUCCGAAGUACAGACCGAUCCUAUCUUGAUCGAGCAGCGGAUUUCCAAACUCCCACCUCAUCUGCUGCCUUCGGCUAUCUCUUCGAAGCCAGGAACGCCCAUCAAGGAGGAUCCGAAGGCUCAGCCCGUGCUCGCUAGGCCCUUUGAAGAGAAAGGGAAAUCUCCCUUGCAUCCGUCCACACAGGAGUUGCUCAAAUCAAUGCGGACCAUGUCCAUCCAGGCCACUCAAGACAAAUAUCCUGGCAAUAACGAUAAUGGUCCCCUCACACAGGAGAGCACUGACGGCAUAAGGCGGCCAUUCCGGACCAGCAGCCUGUUCGCUGGCUUUGACGGAGAAAGUUCCGAUGAGGAUGCUGCAGCCGACCAAGACGCCUCGAGCGAUGAAGAGGGAUACAGCGGUCACGCAGUGGUGGUCAGAGCAGUCAAAUACGGUCGCAUGUUCAACAAGCCUCCCACGCCAGUGCCAGAGGAGAAGGAACCCAACUCCAAACGGUCCUCGUACGAAAAACGCUCUUCGGUCGAGAAACGGUCGUCUUACGAAAAGCCGGCCAAGGUGGAAAAACCCAUCAGGGCUGGAUCGAUUCGCAAGCAGCCGAGCGUGCGUCGCUCCGCGCUGCUGCAGAGUGGCAUCACCGCACACGACCGGACGGCGCCUGGAGAAGCCAGCUCCAGCAACCCAUUUUCGAAGCCUAAACCGCCUCCGUUCCCUGUGCCGACCAGAUCAAGCUCCAGGAAGGCGCCGCUCAGCAAGAGCGAAGGCUCGAGCAGCCCGACACCACGCAGCAACAUGUUUACGAACCGGCGCUCGCGCCAGCAGCAACACGCCAGGCAAGACAGCCUGCGCAAGGUCCGCUCCGCAGCCGUCAUCCGCCGCGACGGUCGCCAACGAAGUAGAUCCCCGCCUCCGCCCCAGUCUUCUUUGACUUCCCCAGACGAGCCAGCGGAUGCGCCGCCGCUGCCUCGGGAUCGCGUUACUUCGCCGUACCAGGCAUAUGCACCCCGACACCAUGGCCGCCACCCGUCGGUUAGCACAGCCGUCAGCACGGCGGUCAGUUCUGCGGUCAACAGCAACCAAUCGGCGAGCUCUGUCCAAUCGGUCAGUGUCGUUGACGCCAUCGCGGGGGCGAUGGUGGGCGAGUGGCUUUGGAAAUAUGUUCGCGGUCGCAAAUCCUUUGGGGUGGCUGAUGCUGUAACACCGGAGUUCGGGAAGGAUGAUGGGACCGGCGGAAGCAGCGUCAGACACAAGCGCUGGGUUUGGAUCUCGCCCUAUGAGCGUGCUAUCAUGUGGAGCAGUAAACAGCCCACCUCUGGUACUGCUCUGAUGGGUAAGACAGGUCGGAAAUUGCAAAUCCAAUCCGUUCUCGACGUCAAGGACGAUACUCCUGCACCAAAGGGCGUUGGCGCCCAGCCAAUCUUUAACCGAUCCAUCCUCAUCCUAACUCCUGCGCGAGCUCUGAAGUUCACCGCGACUUCAGCUGAGCGCCAUUACUUGUGGCUUACCGCCCUCUCAUUCCUCGCACACUCCUCGCAAGCCGUCCCCGACCUGAACCAACUUCCGGCCGCGCCUACCGAGGAGUCUCCGCAAACCAAGCGCUCCACCGCAGCUCUAGGCCGCCGCCCGAUCACGAACUCCGUCCGCCUCGCCAAACAAAAUCAAGGGGGGUUGAAGGGUUAUGUCAACCGCGCAGAGCCGAUAUACGAGGGCCAGGCCGCUCAGUCGCCUGUUUCUGAGGCCGCAACCCCGCCGGUCAUACAUCGCCACGGCCGCAAGAGGAGCAUGACAUCUCCGAGACAAGCCGCCAUUCCGCCCCCUAUUCCUGGCAACCCUUUCACGCGUAGCUUUUCGGCGAACAGCGUGUACUCUGGGAAAAGCGUGCACUCGACAUCGGCUGUGCCACCGCCGAUUCCCACUGGUUCAUACUCGUCGGCAGCUUCCAGCGUCGGCAUGUCCGAUCUGUACUCGCCAGGAGGUACCAACAUUCCUCCCUCGGUGCCAAGCAGCAUCUACAACCCGAGCCGUCGCACUUCGGAAGCCAGCAGCAGUGCGGCCACAGCGGCCGGAACGCGCCGUGAGCUCUACGAUCCAUCCUUAGGCACGGUGCGCAUGGAGGCGUUCGUCGAGCCGCGCCUCAGCCUUAGCCAGAUCCCAGGUGGCGGGUUCCCGGGACUGGCGCCGAGUUUCAGGGAGAAAUCCGCUGCGCGACAGUACCGCAAAAACAGCCAAUAUUCCGUGAAAAGCGGAAUGACGGGUUCGGACGUGGCGAGCAGAGCCCCGAGCCAAGCGAGUGGCAAGUACUCGAGCGAACACGGAAGCGAUCUGUUCAGGGGCUUUGAGUAA